UUAAGAAUUGACGGAGAUGCCCUCAGUCUUCAAAUUACUGCUUAAUUAUAUAACUGCAUGCAGAUAGUUGUAGACUUGGAGAUAGAAUGGUGGGUUGAUAAGCAAUAGGACUGUGUUCUUGUCUUCGAGUUUACAUUCUAUCAAAAGGGGCAGGCAGUUUGUUUUUUAAAAACCGCUUAUAGAUUGUGGUGAGGACUUUAAGAAAACAGGUGCUUAUGGAGUAGAAAUUUCAGAGAGUGCCAGGCAAAAGUGUUUUUUGGAAUGGUAAGAAGGUGUAGAGAAGACCGGAUAUCUGGUUUAGUUAGCAAGAGCUCUAAGCUGAGAAGAGAAGGAAAACAUGUUACCUUGUUCGAGAAUUUGAGAAUCAUGGUAAACGGUUUUAAUUUUAAGUGUCUAUAAAGCAACAGAAUAAAAUUAGGCGUAUAAUAUUUUAAAAAUAACCCCCAACUCUUCUAUGGAGAAUGGUGUAGGAAAGGAAGAACAGGAGUAAAUCAUUUAGGUGGCCCAGAGAGAGGCUCAGUUUAGUGAAAGUGUAGCACAGUGAUAGAGCCUUACCUAGCUAGCACAGGGUCUGAGUUCAGUCCCCAGCGACGUUGUGGGGGAAAAGUUGGAGCAGGGCACAGACAACGGGCAAUUGCAAUAAAUAUUUUGGUGGAGAAUAAAACAGCUGCUAAUGGAUUGAUUUGUGGACGUAUGUGAGAGAAAUGAGAAAAACUGAGUUCCUCACUAGAGCAUCUUGGUCCUGCAUGUGCAAAAUAUCCCAGUUUCUGAGUUAUUAAUAAAAGUUUGCCUGGGUAGAUAGAUAAAACAUCAUUCUAACAUGAAAGGUCACUAAUGAGCUAGCUAGAUUUUAAAAAUUGAGUUUCUGGACUAUUCUGCUCAACAAUAGUGUUUCUAGUUUUAAAUUACUUAGGAGGCAGACACCUUAAUGCUUCAUUGUUAAUAACUGUACAUUUUGAGGGAAAAAUAAUCAAACUAAACAGAAGAAUCAAACUUUCACAAGACCUUAAAUACAAAUUUGAAAGCUAUUUGAAUCACAGUGUCUUUGGCAAAUCAAGAAAUUCCUGUUAGCUAGUUAAUUGACAAUUUCUUGACUGAAUAGGCUUUUCAGAAUAAUGAUUUUAAUGUCAAAGAUCAAGAGGUCUUGUAAGUGGAAGUAUUGAAAUGAAAUUUUGCCAGAAAAAAAUAGUCCAGAUGUCUCUGUCUCUCAGCAAAUUAAUAUUGCUUUAUUUAGUGUUUCUCUGUAUUGUAGAAGUGUCAGCAGUGGACUGAGAGCCCUAGAGAGUACAGAGAGAGGAGGGCAAACCCAAGGCCCUCUGGGGUAGAGGGAAGCAGAGAAAGGUGAUGUGAUGCUCCUGAAGCUUCUCCAAGGGCAGCCCUUUCCCCACGCUCCCAGGUCACAGAAGUGAAGUGCCCAGACUGAUAAGACCCUCCCUACAUUCUUUGGUCAUUAUAAGUGUCAGUUGGCACUUAGGUAAAUGUAACACAAAUUUUGUAAAAUACUGUUUCAUUCUUUUUUGGGAGGUGGAUGCUAAGGACCUGGACCCAGGAUCUUCAGUACCUCAGACAGACAAUGAGUUACAAGGCACUAAUAGUUCUGGAUCCUUGGGUGGUCUUGAUGUUCGCAGAAGAAUUCCUAUAAAACUUAUCUCCAAACAAGCCAACAAAGUGAAACCUGCAGCUCGAACUCAAAGGACUAUUAGCAGGAUGCCUGCAAAGGCCCCACCAGGUGAUGAAGAAGGAUUUGAUUAUAAUGAAGAGAAACGGUAUGACUGUAAAGGGGGUGAACUCUUCGGAAGUCAGCGGAGAUUUCCAGGACACCUAUUUUGGGAUUUUAAGAUAAACAUCUUAGGUGAAAAGGAUGAUACACCAGUUCAUUUCUGUGACAAAUGUGGAUUGCCUAUUAAAGUCUAUGGGAGAAUGAUUCCAUGCAAGCAUGUCUUUUGCUAUGACUGUGCUAUUUUACAUGAAAAAAAGGGAGAUAAAAUGUGCCCAGGCUGUAGUGAUCCUGUGCAGCGGAUUGAGCAGUGUACACGAGGCUCUCUCUUCAUGUGUAGCAUUGUUCAAGGUUGCAAGAGAACGUAUCUGUCUCAGAGAGACUUACAAGCUCAUAUCAACCAUCGCCAUAUGAGAGCUGGGAAGCCUGUUACCCGUGCUUCACUUGAGAAUGUUCAUCCUCCUAUUGCCCCGCCACCAACUGAGAUCCCCGAUCGUUUCAUAAUGCCGCCGGACAAGCACCAUAUGAGCCAUAUUCCUCCCAAGCAGCACAUUAUGAUGCCACCACCUCCUCUGCAGCAUGUGCCACAUGAGCACUACAAUCAGCCACAUGAGGAUAUCCGUGCUCCUCCAGCAGAACUGUCUAUGGCUCCACCUCCACCUCGUUCGGUCAGUCAGGAAACCUUUCGUAUUUCAACAAGAAAACACAGCAAUUUAAUAACUGUCCCUAUUCAGGAUGACUCAAGUUCAGGUGCUAGAGAACCACCACCUCCUGCCCCAGCGCCUGCUCACCAUCAUCCUGAAUAUCAGGGCCAACCAGUGGUAUCGCACCCUCAUCAUAUUAUGCCUCCACAGCAACAUUAUGCACCACCCCCACCUCCUCCACCACCAAUAAGCCAUCCAAUGCCACAUCCUCCCCAGGCUGCAGGUACUCCUCACUUGGUGUAUAGCCAAGCUCCACCUCCACCAAUGACCUCUGCUCCACCACCAAUAACCCCUCCCCCUGGACAUAUUAUUGCCCAGAUGCCACCUUAUAUGAAUCAUCCUCCUCCAGGACCCCCCCCACCUCAGCAUGGUGGUCCACCUGUAACUGCACCCCCUCCUCACCAUUACAACCCUAACUCUUUACCCCAGUUUACUGAAGAUCAAGGAACUCUGAGCCCUCCAUUUACACAACCAGGAGGAAUGAGUCCUGGUAUAUGGCCUGCACCAAGAGGUCCACCACCACCUCCACGAAUGCAGGGCCCGCCUUCUCAAACCCCACUACCUGGACCACAUCAUCCAGAUCAAACAAGAUACAGACCAUAUUACCAGUGAUAAUAGUGUUUUGAACUGAAGAUAUGACAAGGAAAAAGAUUAAAUUAGUCAAUCUUAUAAUUAAGCUUUGUUGGGGGAAGGAAAAAUACCUCUUGAGGUGGCUAUAAAACACAAAGUCUUGUCCCUUAAAAUGGUUUUAAAUCUUGACCUUAGGAUUGCUUUCAGAUAUAAUACUGUAGUGCAGAUGAGUGGCUUGGUUGAGCACAACUGUAUCUUAGCAACUGUUACUUUGGUGUGGUGAAUUGACCCUUAAGUGACCAUUUGUAAAAAAAAUUGAAAAUUUUUCACUGUUCCAUUUUCAAAAUACUGCUUUUAUUAAACCCAGUGUUUAGUUUUUCUUGUGAUGCAUUUUGUUAACCUAUAAAAGGAUUAAAUUUCAAGAUGGUUGUAAAAAUGCUGUUUUAUGUGAAUUUAAGUACAGCCAUAUAAUUUUUUCUUAAACCAUAUGUUCUACCACUAAUUUUCCAAAGUUAAAAUAAAGUCCUAAAAGUAAAAAUAUCUACUAAAAUUAUAGCCAGGCAGACUGUUAUAUGAUAGGGAAUUACUUCACAUUUUAGGCAUUGAAACUUCAAGGGGUAGUAAUUAUGAAGUGCACUUGGAUUUCUUUUUGUCUUUGGACGGCCUACGGAGCACCAGGAUACAUGAGAAUUCCUAUGACAGUGUAGUUGUUUGACAUGUCCCAAGGCAUUCUAAUCAUUUGGAAAAUGACUGGCUUUACAGACUCUAAGCUGCUGAUGAGAUGCUGUUCUCAUUGAUGCUUUUUUUUCUGAGUGGUUAGAAUCACAUAAUUGGUCACACUUAAGUUAUAUCACUUUAUAGGAUUGUUGGAAUGGUGUUUUUUUUGGAUGAAAUGUGUUCUAUGUUCACUGUCUUAACCUACAUUUUAGGGCUGACGAAGCUUUAUUUAAAUCUGCAUUUUUUCCUAGUACUUUGAUUCUGUGUUUUAGUAUAUAGAACUAUAAACCGCAGCUUGAGUGCUGUGGAGGAAUUUGACUAAUGUAUUCGCAAAGGGUGUUUCUUGAAAAACCACAAACCAGCGUUUACUCAGGUUUCAUUGCUGUGGUUUUUCCUCCAAUUUGAAAUUGUAAAACUAUCAUUUCUUUUGUUGUUGUUGUUUGUUUUUAUAAAGCAUUCUAACAUUGUAGUGUGGAAUCACUAGUGAAGACAACCAGAUAAUUUUGAAUUGGACAGAAAAAAAGUAAUACUUAGAUUGUGAAGUUCAGUGCCGUGAAAGGUGCCUUUGGAGUCAGUGUUUGCAUUAUCAGGACUUGUUACAGUCCAUUGAAGAUGACCACUCAGUUUAUACAGCUUUCUUACGUAUAAGUCAUCAUUCUUAGGAUAUUAUUAUAUAUCCUUUGAAUUGACUAAACCAUUGUGAAGCUUUUCUUCCCCCUUAAAAUGGUGCAUAAUAUAAACAUGGUGUGUAGUAUGCAGAUAUCAUAUAUUAGGUAGUUCGUAGUAUAAAAAUUUAGACAUUGGUUUUUGACAAAGGGUAUACUGAUUGGUAAUUCACCCAUUUUUUUUUUUUUUCCUGUCAGGUACAGGAAAUUCUUGUGUUAGGUGAUCAGAUACAAAAUCAUUUCUGAACUUAGCACAGGAGUAAAUAUGAAUGGCCAUUUCAUCCUUGGCUGGCCAAGAAAAACCAAAAAACUAAUGCAGUUUUUUUGAACAAGCAGUUUUUCUUCCCACAUAAAGCAGUUUGAGAGUCAGGUUUGCUCAUGCACUAUUUCUAGUGAGAAGUUUUUGUUAUUAGAAGCAUGAGUGAGAUAGUGGGACAUGUGGUGAGUGUUCCAUCAUAUCACUUUAGGUACUUGGAUUGGUGCAAACUUGAUUCCUUCUCAUACCCCUGUUUAGGAGCUAUUUAAAUAUUACUGUUAAAAUCCAAAUAACUCUUUGUUUCAUGUAACUAGAAAAUAGCCAGAUUCAUGUAAGAACUUCUUAACUGUUUAUGAGAAGCUCUUGUAAUUGAGAUUUACUAGGGUUGGGUGUGGUAAGAAAUCACUUUGCCUCUAUUUUGGACCAAAAAAUCAGUAUCAUGAAAAAAAAAUCCCACAUUAUGAGAAUUCUUGUAGGCAUUUAACAAUAAUUUUCAGUUAUGUUAAUAAACAUUAUACUGGGAGGCAGGUCAGAUGAAUGUCUUGUAAUAGACAAAAUUUAAAAUGUUAGGCUUGAAUUCAUCAGUUAAUGGUUUGAAUGAGGGUGGGCGGGUAGACAGAUAACAGGAUUGCUGUGACGUGUCUGUUCUUGAGGAAAAGGUUGUGAAUCCCAGUGCAUUUCAGGGAAGCCUUUGAAGUUGUCUGUGAUGGACAUGAGUCUAAAUGUAUGUGUGUCUCAUUAAUUUCUCUUAAAACUACUGAGGUGGCAGUUCAAUUCUUAAACACAAUAAAAUGGAAGCAUAAAUAC